GUGCAAUUACCUACAUCUUUGUUGAAAAAUGUCGCGCACCGUAUUACCAAGCUUAGAGAAUUUGGAGGAUGACGAUGAAUUUGAGGAUUUUGCUACAGAAAACUGGCCCAUGAAGGACACAGAACUCGACACCGGCGAUGAUACCCUCUGGGAAAAUAAUUGGGAUGAUGAGGACAUUGGUGAUGAUGAUUUCUCUGCUCAGCUUCAAGCUGAAUUAAAAAAGAAGGGAGUCGCUACGAAUUAAGAGUUUUUAUCUAAGGAAAUCAAAGUACUCUUUGGCUGAAAAGCCAUGACUAUGUUGAAAAGAAGCCCUUUGUAUCGCUUUAUGAUUCCUAUUAACUAAGAGGGUUUAUACACGUUAACUAGUACACUCUUUGAAGAGAUGAGCACAAGGUCUGAUGAUGUGUUUAUGCGAUCAAAAUAGAAAUACAUUAUGAUAGAAAGCCAAAUGAAGCAACCCUGUAAGUCUUGUUGUAGAGGUAGAAAUGGAUUGGAUAAAGAAAUGUGAGAACUGCGCACGUCUUACUGUUGAAGGGACAUCGCAAUUUGUAAGUUUCUGUGGACGAAUAUUAUAAGAGAAGUGCUUCAGUUGUACAGAAAAAGAAAUAAAGAUAAAAUAAAACCCAGAAAGGAAAUAGAGCAUGGCAUUGAUAAGCAAAAGCACAACAGAUGAUUCAAAGCCGGUUCUAUUAAGUAAUAUGAUCAUAAUCAACAUACAGCAUAGUUUUGAAGAAAAAAAAAGAGAGAAUAAGAAGGGCAUUACCUCAUGAGCCCUAAAAAGAAAUAGUUUCAUGGGCCUUAGUCGUAAUUGUCUGCGUUUCCUUGCUCUAGUGCUUCUUCCAUAAGACGAAAUGUAGCACGUAAAGGAAGUCCGACAAUAUUGGAAUAAUCACCUUGGAUGGAUUCUACUAAGAGAGCACCG